UAUACAUCCGGUGAAAAAUCUGUCUCAUUGUUCCAUCUGUGGUAGUGUGUUAGCAAUAUUAGCUGAGACUGUUGAAGUGGUAGCUAAAUAGGUUAUUAAUGAAAGGUUCACAGUUGAUAUGAGACGCACUUCAUUGUCAAAGACCAGCGAAGCUAUUUUCGAAGUUGACACUGACUGUCAAGCCAAAGGUUUAGGAGACACUUCAUCUACACACUGAUGCAUGAGUUGUGACUUAGUCAACGGUGAGACUGCUUAAUCCUCAGGUCAGUCGUCCUCCCUGGUCAUCUGUGUUGCUGGUGCCCUGUGUUCCACACCAUGGCACGCCACAGUAAGCUGCAGAAACAGGUGUUGUCUCUGUACCGCCAGUUCCUGCGUGCUGGCCAGGACAAGCCAGGCUUUCUACCCAGGAUCCGGGAUGAGUUCCGAGAGAACUCCAGCAUCAAGAAGACUGAUGUCAUGCACAUAGAAUACCUUUACCGGCGCGGACAGAGACAGCUAGACCAGCUGAAAGAUGUGAACACAAAGCAACUAGGAACUUUCUCCAAACCUAAGGCAGAGAGAUAACCAACACUAUUUCCGUCUUCACACCCUCUGUUGUAGCUACCUAUAGUUAUGUGGAUAAUACACUGUAUUACAUUCAUCAUUCACUAGUCAGAUUACUACUCCAUUCAGUCUGUAGCUGAGUAAGUGCAGUAUUGUCCUAAGCGAUGGCCAUGGAUCUGAACUGUAUGACAGCACCAAUGUACUCUGUCAUAGAGCUGGACACCACUGAAAAUGUUUAAGUCAAUCUCUGGCCAGUGAGUUUGUUGGGUUGAGCAGACCAGUUGCUCUGGUCAUUGUUGUAAAAUACUUACUUUCAUCUAGCUACAUUUACGUGUUUUGGAUUAAAGACUUUAUCAUCAGUAUAGGAAGUAUAUUUUACUAUUAUGUAAAAGGUCUAGCUAACACUAUUAAAUGCUUACGUGUGACAAGAGGUCAAGUUAUGGCAUUUAAUAUUUGUAUUAUAAUAAAAAAAUAAAAAUAAAAUUGUUGUAUACUUUUACUGCAUUGUUAGGAGGUAGUAAC